AUGAUAACAGAAAAAGGAAAAGUUUUGCAAAGCGUCUUAAUUGAUAACGGUUAUAAAAAUGGUAAAUUUGAAGUUGAUUCGAGUGGUGUAAUAAAUUUAAUAGCAUCUAAAAGUACAUCUGCACCUUCAAUUAGCUUUGAAUUAGAAAAAGAAAAUAAUUUUUACAAAAUCCGUGUUUCACGUAACGUCAAAGGAGAACAAACUGUGAAAGAUUGUGUAGACUUGGAAAUUGGGAAAACAUUUUGGUAUGGCGGACCACAAAAUCGUUUCCAAUAUUGGCCAAUUGAAAGAGCAAACUUUACAAAUUUUAGUUAUGUAUCAAAAGAAGAAUUAAAUUCAGCUGUACCUGAGCGUUAUUGGUUGAAUUCCCGUGGUGUAUUUUUUUAUAUAAAUGAAACUGUACCACUAUUUAUUGAUCAAAAUUCAGUUGAAACUGAAGUAAAUGAAACGAAUGUAAAGGAUUACGCUAACAAAAUAAUAUCGAAUCAAUUUAAUAAUAGCCAAUUUGAAAUUGACGACGAUUGGGAGGACUGUUAUGGUGCCUUAACAUUCAGAAAAAAUAAAUUUCCUGAUAUUAAAAAACUUACCGAUUGGCUAAAAGAAAAAGGUUUUCGCGUGACGCUGUGGAUACAUCCUUUCAUUAAUACGAAUUGUACAGAGAUUUUUAACAUUGCGAAAUCAAAGAAAUAUUUAGUAACCGAUGAUAAAGGUGAAGUUUUAACAAAGUGGUGGAAUAGUAAACCUAAUGAAGCUGCUUAUAUUGAUUUUACUAAUCCUGAAGCAGCGGAAUGGUUUUAUAACAGGGUGAAACGUUUACGAGACCAAGAUGGUAUUGAUAGUUUUAAAUUUGAUGCCGGUGAAACAAGUUGGAUUCCGAAAAACUCUAAAUUGACUGGACCAGCCAAUCAAUCACCGAAUUUAAUUUUAGCGAAAUAUAUUGAAACUGUUUCAAAAUUUGGUAAAAUUGUUGAAGUACGUUCUGCACAAGGUACACAAUCAUAUCCAAUAUUCUUAAGAAUGAUUGAUAAAGAUACUGAUUGGACUUGGAAUAAUGGUUUACCUACCCUGAUAACAACUCUGUUUCAAUUGAAUUUGGGUGGUUAUUCAUUUAUUUUGCCAGACAUGAUUGGCGGUAAUGGUUAUAACAAUAAUACACCAGAUAAAGAAAUUUUCAUACGUUGGUUACAAGCAAAUGUAUUUAUGCCAAGUUUACAAUUUUCAUAUGUACCCUGGAUGUAUGAUGCCGAAACAAUUAACAUAAGCUUAAAAUAUACAAAAUUGCAUGAUAACAUUACCAAUUAUAUAAUGGAACGAUUUCAAAAAGUUGUGGAAACGGGCGAACCAACAAACCCACCUUUAUGGUGGAUAGAUCCAGAAGACAUAAUUGCACAACAAAUUACUGAUCAAUUUUUGUUGGGUGACAAAUAUGUUGUAGCGCCAGUAAUUGUUAAAGGCGCUAGAGUUAGAGACAUUUAUUUACCAAAAGGAACUUGGAGAGAUGGAAAUACAAAUGAUAUUCAUAUAGGACCUAAAUGGAUUAUGAAUUAUCCUGCACCAAUAGCAACCUUACCGUAUUUUGAAAGAACUAAUUAA